AUGAAACAAAUACCAAAAUUAAAAUCAAUACAUCAAAAAAGAUCUUUAAGUGAUUUUGUAUCGUUCCCCAUACGGAACUAUAAUCAACAACCAAAUUUAAAUUUAUCACAAGAUUCAAUUUAUAAACAUGCAAAAUUAAAAAUUCAAUUAUUAAAAGCUCCAUCACAUUUUGGUCAUUCAACUUCAAGAGUAAUGAGAUUAUAUAAUGAAGAUAAAUAUAGUGUUAAUAUGAUUAAAUUACCAAUUAAAUUAAAUGAUUAUGGUAUGACUAAAAUUGUUCAACAUGAUGUUUUCACAACAAGUAUAUUUGAUGGUCAUGGUGGUGAUGAAUGUAGUACAUAUUUAAGAAAUCAUUUAAAUGAAAAAGUUGAAACAAUAGAGCCCACAAAGGAAGGUUAUAUGGAUUUACUCAAAAAAUAUAAUGAUGAUAUUGGUGGUUAUUGGAAAAGAAUUUAUAGGAAAAGAUCAGAUCUUUUCAAUUCAAUUGAACCUAAGGAAACAGAUAUGGAUGAUUUAAAAUUAAGAUUAAAUCAAGCUUAUUUAUCAUUAGAUUAUGAAUUUUUAUCAAAUAAUAAAAAAUCAGGUUCAACUUCAACUUCAAUUUGGUUAUAUAACCUAGAUCCUAGAGAUGAUUCAAAUUUAUAUUUUGAAAAUGGUGUAAUAUCAAAAUUAAUCAUAAGUCAAAUUGGUGAUACUAAGGCAAUAAUAUGUGAUAAAGAUGGUAAAGCUCAUUCCCUUAAUUCAAUACAUCAUCCAACUUCUGAUAUAGAAUCCAAGAGAUUAAAUAAAUUUAGUGCAAAUUUUGCAACUGAUUCAUUUGGUGAAAAUAGAUUUAUGAAUUUUGCAAAUACAAGAUCUUUUGGUGAUGUUAUUGCAAAAUCAAAAGGUAUAAGUGCAGAACCUGAUAUAACUCAAUAUAUAAUUGGUGAUUCCACAUCAAUAGCUAAAAAUAAUUUAACUUCUAAAACAAUAGGUGGUAAAGGUGGUGAUGAAUGUUUUAUUGUUCUUGUUACAGAUGGUGUUACCGAGAAUGCAACUGAUCAAGAAAUUGUGGAUUUAAUCAAAACUCAUCAUAAUAAUAGAUUAGGUAAACCUCAAGAUUGUUCUGAAGAAGUUAUAAAAUAUAUUGAAGCUAUUGGUGGAGAUGAUAAUGCAACUUGUUUGAUUAUAAGAUUAAAUAAAUGGGGGAAAUGGCCAAUGGAGGAUAAAACUGGUAGAAUUAGAGAAGAAAGAUUAAAAGCUGGGAUUUCAAGACAAGAGAGAAGAUAA